UCCCCGCCGGGAGAUCGAACCGGCAAAACCGCCGCUUUGCAAGUCCACUGUGCGUGAGGAAGAGACAUUGAGACCCUUUGCUCAAAUAUUUCGGGGCGAAAAAAACAAGGCAGGCUGUAACAUGCAUAUCCCUCCCUCCCCAUGGGCUGACGAAAGCUUUAAUAUCCGAGCCAUAGACAGCCCCUUUGAUAAUCGGCAACCGGCGCUAGUAAUCCGUGGGAUCACUGAUGCAGCCAGCCUCACAGGUGAAAGAAGGCGCGAAGAAGAGACUCCACCGCUGCUAGUACGCCUGGAAGUUGACUUUCCGUGGCAUCGACCAGAAGGUGACACCUGCACGUUGGGAGCGCAGACGGAUCGCCGCGAUGACGGACAACUCGAGCUCCAACGGCACCGUCACCCUGGACGACUUCACCGCCAGCGUGCUCACGGGCCGCCUCACCACGAUGGCCCUGCCCGCCAUCUACAUCGUCAUCCUUCUCAUCGGCCUCCCGACCAACGUCUCCGCGUUCUGGAUGCUCUGCGGCAGGAUCCGGGCCAGCAGGUCUCCGUCGUCCACCAACAUCUACAUGAUGAACCUCGCCGCGGUCGACCUCCUCUUCCUCGCCUUCCUGCCCCUGCAGAUCGCGUACCACCUCCGGGGCAACGACUGGCCCUUCGGGCGCCCCCUCUGCCACCUCGUCACCACCUUGCUCUACCUCAACACCCACUGCUCCAUCUUCUUCCUCACGUGCAUCAGCGUGGACCGCUACCUGGCCGUGGUGCACCCGCACCGGGCGCAGCGGCUGCGCGGCGCUCGCACCGCCGUGGCCGCCAGCGCCUGCACGUGGGUCAUCAUCCUGCUGUUCGCCUCGCCGCUGAACUUCAUCAAGCUGACCAUGGACGUGCCGCAGCUCGGCAUCACCACCUGCUACGACGUCUUCCCCAAGAUGGGCUCGGUGGUGUCGUUCUUCCAGACGUACUGCGUCGUCUUCUUCGCGUGCGUCUUCCUCGUCCCCUUCUCCGUCACCGUCUUCUGCUACCUGGCCAUCAUCCGCUCGCUGCUGAUUGGCGGCGGCGGCGGCGGUGGUGCCGCGGCGAGCAAGGGGGCCGCCCACGUGCGCCGCCACGCAGCCCAGCUCUCCGUGGUGGUGCUGGCGACGUUCGUCACCUGCUUCGCGCCCUGCAACUGCGUGCUGCUGGCGCACUCGCUGAUGCACCGCGUGGCCGGCGGCAGCAACCUCUACGGCGUCUACAAGCUGUGCCUCGCCUUCAGCAGCCUCAACACCUGCUUCGACCCGCUCGUCUAUUACUGCGCCUCGGCCGAGUUCCGUCGGCGCCUCCGCUCCGCGCUGCGCUGCCGCCGCACCGGCGACGAGGUGAGCCGCUCCUUCUCGGAAGCGGGCAAGCCCAGCCUGGCCCGCGCCGGAGGAGCGGCGCGGAGGUCCGAUGAGUCUUCGUCCAUCAAGAAGUCGUCGGUGUCCGUGAGCAGCCUGUGAGAUUAUCGGCGGCCGUCGGGGAAGGUUUCUUUCGGUGUGACAGAAAACGGGGCGCGUCAAGCGCGGGGUUAGUGGUUAAAGGGUAAGCGGGAAUGAUAGCUGUGUUCGAAUUGCCAAUAUUUGGUUUGGAAUUAAAAAAAAACAGGAUUACGUUUAUGAAGGGGGGUUUUUAUGGAUUUGGAGAAGUAGCAGCAUUUAGUCCAUGUAAGCAAAGCAGUCACUACCUGCAUCGGACGAACAAAACAUAAUUGUGCGUGUGAUUUCAAAUCUCAAUUACAGCUUUGCUCACAGACUGUUAGCAAAAAAAAAAUCGUGGCCUUCAUUUGUGUGUUUGCGAAUGUGCCUUCCCAUCCGCCGUCCCAUUGAGAUGUUAAUCUGGCCCGAGAUCUUCAUGGGGACAAAGAAAAAUAACUGAAGAGAAACUGAAUUUAAGUGCAGUAAACCCAUGGCAUUACCUUAAAUUGUUUCAGUCUCUCUCAAAUGUCAUUUCUAUUUUAUUUUAAAGCAUGGUUUUACGUGAAAGGGUGCUCAUAACCUUUCAUUGCUAUCUUAAAUCACGAGCCCUUACCACUACAGUCCAAUGCAGGCAGCUGCUUGUUCUGUUAGUCAUAAAACCGCAAGCAAUAUGCAGCCGUGUACAAUGUGGAAGUCAGAUUUAAAAAAACAUUUCCUGCAGUUUUUAUGAAACGAAUGUAGCAAAAUGUCAGCAUUCAAAGAACAGAAACAUCAAGGACUUUUUUGUUGUUGUUCAUAAUUCAAGUUAGGUGUGCCCAGGGAUGCUGGACCAUGGUUCACGUGCAGAGUACCACAUGCCCACUGUACAAUACUGACAACGAGUAAAAUAUUCUUAUACUCAUUACACUGGUCAACACACUUUUUCUGGCAUAAGGUAUUCCAACGGUCUUAAUGUAAUUUUGGGGUGCUGAUUCCAAAUCUGGCAUCAGUUUUUGUCUAUCACAUCAGGUUUUCGAGAUAUCAAAUAUUGCAUUUUCAAUAAAAACUGCUGAAGAAAAAUAUGAAAUAAAUGUGGAUAUCUACAUAAAAUGCUAUUAUAAACACACUAUCCUAAAAAUACAGCACCAUAUUUUAACACUAAAGCAGUCACUGACUCGCAACAACUUGCAAUCAUAAGUGACAGAGUUAAUUUCGGGUAAAAUCAAUGAAAAUGGGGUAUGCCGAUAGCAUAAAAAUGAUGUGAUAGAGCAAAUCUGAGAUCAGAUUUGGAAUCAGCACCCUGAAAUUAGUCUAAAACAGCUGGAAAAGUCCAAGCCAGAAAAAAAUGUUUUUUCUUUGUUGACCAGUGAAUUAUCAAUACCCUCUCGUGGAGGUCCGCCCACAAGCGGCAGCAAGAGCUAGACAAUGCAGGGCUGAGCCUUUACCUUGACAUCUUUAAUCCUACGGUACUAAUGGAUUCCUGCUAUUACGGAAGGAAUUUUUGAACACCGCAUUGGCUAUUUCCCACAAACAGGCAUGCGACGAUGCACCGAUUGAGAACAAUCGAUGCUUACGACGCACGCACCAACUUGUGUGUGUGUGUGCGCGCGCGUUAAACUGAAGGAAUAGUUGAAUUGACCACACAGACUGAAUCCUGGCAAUUCAGCAGACCGUUCAGCGAGAUGAAUUGGCCGCAUGCCUAAUACCCAGACUGUCAAGUGUUUUUUUUUCUUUCACGUGGAAAACCGGGGGUAUGCCACAUUAUCCCAGCUGAGAGUCAAUUAAACCCAUCAUCUCUCCGUGGGUGAUAAAACGAGUAUCGUUUUAAUGGAAAAUCAACUAAGGUUGUUUGGUGGACAGACGGCCCCUGCAUCAUGGGAGUGUGGAAUAUCCAACACGGCCUCAGGACCGCCACCUGAAAUGAUCACGGGGGGACCUUUUGACCCCAGACCGGCACGAGUCGGCUGCGUUGAUCUGGAUGUUGAAGGGUGAAGGGUGAGGAUAGGGAGGGUUAGAGAGUACAGGUGUAGGCGUAUGUAUGUUGAACUUCUUUCACACGGUACGUAGCCAACCGUGCUAAUCGGACGUGUGAGUUUAUAUGGGAAAGUGACACGGGAGUCCUUUCAUCCUGCCAUUGCUGCCACAAUGGGUGUGGGGAUUUAUUCAAGCGCCACUUACGCUGCCGACAAUUGUUUUCAGUUAAACGCUUUCUUGUAAAUUUGAAUAGCAAAGAGAACCAAAAAAAGUGUCAUAAAAAACACAAAAAAAUGCUUUCCGGUUAUACGACCGUUGUCUACAUGUGCCACAGCGCAGAUUAUUACCCCACGAUGCACUUUUAAUGGCAUUUGUAAUCAAAAGUUUGGAAUGCAAAACAUAGCAAUUGAGUUGUUUCUCAAUCGCCACACAAGUCACAUAGUGUCUGGCUGUGGGAAGAGAAAUGUAAAUACACAAUGGGAGAUGAUGUAUUUAGAAUAGCUCUUGUCGCGACUGCUUUUUGCCCAAUUAAAUGUACUUUAUGAAACGUGUCCCCACUGUUCACGAAGCUCUUGCGAAAGCCAGUUGAGGGUGGCGGUGGCUGCUGCUGCUGGAACUCUGAACAAACCGGUGCAGUCCUCUCCACGGCUACGAGCAGCUACGAAGAACGGCGUGUCUUCUUCAUGGGUGCUAAUCAGGUGUUAUUUUAGUGUUGUCCAGGGCUGACCUUGGAAACAUAUCUCCCUGUUCCGAUUGGGGGGCAGGGGGCAAUUGCACCCCCCCUACCACCUACCCCCUUCUCCCAUCCAGUACAGCCACUGCCAUAUUUAAUGUAGCGCACAGUUAAGGGGUGAAUAUCAUUUAGGCACUUAUUCCACUUCAACUGAUUUUUUUUUACAAACGUAUUGUUAUUGUUGUUACACAUAUGUUGCAUAUGUUUUAUGCUAUGUCACGUUCUCCGAUGUGUUGCCAAAUACAAUGUUGAAUUCGAUUAUGCAUUUUGAUAUGGGAAUAUGUAUGUAUGUCGUCCCUUUGGGAUUGAUGCAAUGAGUAUCACCUUGAGAGGCGGUCAACAAUGCUUCUCGUGCAGGUCGCCAUGCUCCUGCCACAGGAACGUGGCAUUUUUACCACCGGUUCAAGGCGAUCAAACAGGAUGUGUAUAUCUUGUCCUAACUCAUUUGAGCAAUUCCGACUUUUUAUAACUUCUUUUUUAACACACCGUAUUUAACGUUGAGAUUAAAAUGCCAAUCGAUGCGGUUACAUCACAUACUGUAUUUAUGCACUGAACUGUAUUUUGUUCACGUACCAUUGUUGCUCAAUAAGUAUCAAGCAACUGUUUUUAUAUAUUAAGAUGUUGUUUUUAUAGAUAUAGGUCGUAAUCGUUGUU